AUGCCGCGUAUUCGGCGUGCGCUCAUCCUCUCCGCCUGCGUGGCAGCCGACGUGAGCGCCGUCCUGUACCUUUCCUUUUCGGACCAGACGUCCGCUGCGCCACCGUCGCGUCUCCCACUCUAUGCCACGGGCCGCUCGGCGUCCGGCUUCCACAGCGACAGCAGUAGCCACAGCGCAGCCGAGGGGGAUGCCGUGGACGUUGCCGACAGGCAGGCGAGAGUGGCUUCUGUGACGGAAGCUCUUUCAUCCCUCUACAGGUGUGUGUGUGAGCAGCUAGACAUGUCAGCGCGAGCGCUGAUGGAAGGGACGGCGACGGCAGCGGCGGUAGUAGCCGCAGGCGCACAUGCGGUUGCCAACUCCACCGCAGCGGAGCUCUCACAUCGUUGGCCGGUUUGCAGGGACGACACCGUUGUCCAGUGUGCCGGUCGUCAUCUUAGUGGCGCCACCGGGGCGGACAAGCAUGCUGCCGAUUGUUCCACUGACGCGGAAGUGCCGUUAUCUGUGUCCACGCAGUCGGUCCUCAGCGAGAGGACCGCGGUGUUUCGCGCGGCACCGCACAAGCUGAAGGAUCGCUUCCUGCACUACGCCAAGCGCGACCCGGCAACAGGGGAGUUUGUUCUUAGCCUCGAGGGAUUUGUACGCUGCAUGGUCUUAUUGCCUGACGAUGGCGACACUGACGCAGGGUGGCGUGGCGCGGGCUCUGUCUCCGCAAGCGACAGUGGUGCGGUGUCACACAAGGGCCCCUCGACGACUUUCCCUGACACGGCUGAGACCGCUGUCGACACUUUCUGCGCGGAGGCUAUCAGCGGCCGAGGCCAGCCACGGUGUCACUCGUCCUGGCUGCAGCAGCUACCUCCAGCUGUGCAGCAGCGCUGCGUGCAGCUCUUCCACUGGGUCGACCUCAACGGAAACAACUUCAUCGGGUAUGCUGAGUUCGUGGUGCUCUUCACCUUUCUGUCCACCCCGCAGCAAACCCUCCAGCGCGCCUUCAGCGUCUUCGACUUGGAAGGCAAGAGCCGCCUGAGCGAGUGGGAGUUUUGCCACCUCCUGAACACAAUCAUGGUGGAUCCGGCGGUGCAGGUGCGCUACGCCGGAUCCACCGCGAGCGGCGCUGAUGGCAGUGGAGGGGCCGACGCAGCGGCCUCGCCCUCCUCAGCGUUCCACUCGGCAACACCUCAGGCCACUACCACAGCAAAGGCGUCGCACUUGGCCCCAUGCGCCCCACCGACCCCCGAGGCAGCCACGGCGGCGGUCGCUUCGGCGCCCCGCCCAUCCACUGCGAGACGCGCAGGUACGUCGUGGCGCAGUGAGCAGGAGUGGCGGAGACACAAGGAUUGCCUGAAUUUCGAGAUUUCAUCGGAGCUGAUGCAGCCAUUGCUCUUUGGUCCUUUGCCACUGCCAGUCGACGCCCUACCUGGAUCGACGAAGUAUGACCCCGAACCCGUUCUCGACGGCGGGUUGUUGCCCUCGCCGCGCGCUGUCUCGCAGCUGCCAGAGGUCAGGCACUCGACCUGGUGGCGAAAGUGGGGUGACACUUGGCGCAGCCUUCUCAGCAAGGGGUGGACACCCUACCCGUCCUGUGCACCAGCCAGCUGCGACUCUGCGUGCAGCGCCCUCGCUGUUGCCUCUGCUACUGCGCCGGCCGCCAUCACUGCCACUGCGGCUCCAUCACACGUGUCUCAGGUACAGUUGGCGGCGGCGGAGGAUUCGCUGCUGCAUAUGGUCUCGUAUCCCACCCUACUGUACCGACUGGACUACCUGCGUUGGCAGCUGCGUGCCAUCGAGUUCGGUUUUUGCGACCCGGCCAACACCGGCGCCAUUUCUAUGGACGACUGCCGUCGCCUCCUCCGCGGGGACGUCCGAAGGACCGUCAAAGCGGAGCAUCCAGGGCUGCAGCAGCGACAGCAACAGGGUGACGAAACUGCCGUGACGUGGCAAUUUUAUCAGAAGAUAUUCGACGUGAUGCGAGAGUCCGAUAGGAUUUUGGCGGCCCUGCGUCUCGCCUUAGACGCCAUGCCGCCGGUGCCCAAGGAGAUGCUGCGAGGUGGUGCCAUCCCCGACGAAGCGCUGGAGGCAGCCACACAGGCGAUUCCGGCAAUGGUGAGGCUGGGCGUCCUGCGUUACACGUCUAGAGCCGCCGAGGGGGGUGCGGCUGUCGAUGUGGCGCCACUGCCAGCCACAGCAGAAGUAGCGGUCUCGCAGGAUGAUGGUCGCAAUGUCGCCGAUCGUAGCCCCUUUAGUCCAGCGGACGCUACGACGGCGGAUGCAGCGGGGGACAACCGCGCGGGCGAGGGGCGUGCGGCUGCCCGUUAUUUGAGUGCGUCGCUGGUGCGGCCCACGGCGCUCACGUGGAAUCAAGUCGACCGCGUGCUCAUGAUCCUCGGCACGGUGACGCAGCUGAGCGAGGCUGAGCGGCGGCUUUUUCGUGUGCUGUUAGACGACGACGGCUCUGACUCACUGUCGCCCGCCGAGUUCGCGCGACUAUGUUCGCUGAAGGAGGCGUUUUUUGCCCAGCAGCUGCCCCGCUUUGACGAGCCGAAGCGAAGUGCCGUCCAGCAGUUUUUCCACUGCAUGCAACAGGUCGAGUGA